GGGUGGUGCAGGGCAGAGGUGGUAUAUCCUGUCUGACGGAGGGCGGGCCUCGCCAGUGCCAGCAGAGGGACCAGCCAGGUGCAGGCGCCAGCAGCAGCUGCCGGAAGCCCUCGCGCGGACCACUCACCCUAUGGCCAUAGGGAGCCGCUGAGAGCGAGGAAAGCACGCUCCGCCCGCCCGCUGCACCGCACCUCGCAGCGCCUCUCUGCCGCCCCAGUCCCCGGCCCGCGCGCGCCCCCAGCCACCAUGAACCACUCGCCGCUCAAGACCGCCCUGGCGUACGAAUGCUUCCAGAACCAGGACCACUCCACGCUGGCCCUGCCGUCGGACCAAAAGAUGAAGACAGGCACGUCGGGCAGGCAGCGCGUGCAGGAGCAGGUGAUGAUGACCUUCAAGCGGCAGAAGUCCAAGUCUUCCCAGUCGUCCACCCUGAGCCACUCCAACCGAGGUUCCAUGUAUGAUGGCUUGGCUGACAAUUACAACAACUAUGGGACCACCAGCCGGAGCAGCUACUACUCCAAGUUCCAGGCAGGGAAUGGCUCAUGGGGAUAUCCGAUCUACAACGGGACCCUCAAGCGAGAGCCUGACAACAGGCGCUUCAGCUCCUACAGCCAGAUGGAGAACUGGAGCCGGCACUACCCCCGGGGCAGCUAUAACACCACCGGCGCAGGCAGCGACAUCUGCUUCAUGCAGAAAAUCAAAGCGAGCCGCAGUGAGCCGGACCUCUACUGCGACCCACGGGGCACCCUGCGCAAGGGCACACUGGGCAGCAAGGGCCACAAGACCACCCAGAACCGCUAUAGCUUCUACAGCACCUGCAGUGGUCAGAAGGCAGUCAAGAAAUGCCCAGUGCGCCCACCCUCCUGUGCUUCCAAGCAGGACCCAGUGUGUGUCCCGCCCAUCUCCUGCAACAAGGACAUGUCCUUUGGCCACUCAAGGGCCAGCUCUAA